AUGGUAACGCAGACAUCAAUGGCAAUUGGCAAAUAUCUCCGGCUAGCUCAUAUCCAAGACUCAACGCUUCGCCCACUUGAUGAGCUGUUCAUCGACCACUUUAAGCAGGGUUUGUUGAAACAUAUGAAGGGCCCAGGCGAACCAGCUUGGUCAUAUGAAGAUUGUGAAGAUGCUUUUGGAGAUCUCAACUUGUCAAACAUGAAUAUCUGGGGAACUAGGGAAGGGAAGGAACGGUUAGAACUUGCACUUGCAGAUCGUCUGUUUGAUCAUCGGACAGCAUAUGGGGAGCAACCCCCCAGCUGAUCCGCUCCUAUGUGGUCCUGCAACAUAUCUAGCAAUAUAUUAUCUUUCAAGGCUGUAA